GCGCGAGGGCCACAGAAUCCAGGUCGGAGUGGUACCUCUGUAUCUCCUCCUCUGUCGCGGCUUCUCCUCCGGACCGUGGUUUUCCCUGAUGGCUGAUGGAUUCACAGAUCAAUGAGUCCAGAGAGCUGUCGCUGCCGCUGCCGCUGACCAGAUAGCAUCGAGAUAAACCCUGCAUGUGUGCUCCGCUGCCGUGAGGCUAACAUGCUGUCCGGACCAUGCUAGCUGCCGCGAGCGCUCCUCCGGGUUGUUUCUGUGCGGAGGCCCGUUGUCUCGUGAAGGUUGCUGAGUGAAGGACAACUUUGUUCUGUUGAGCAUGGCUCCACACCCGGUGGUUCAGGCCAUCAUCGAUCUCUCCGCUGGAGCAGUCGGAGGAGCCGCCUGCGUCUUCAGCGGGCAGCCGCUGGACACGGCCAAGGUCAAGAUGCAGACCUUCCCCAAGAUGUACCGAGGUUUCAUCCACUGCGUCGUGUCCACGUACCGGCAGGUGGGCCUGCGCGGGCUCUACCAGGGCACCACGCCGGCUCUGAUGGCCAACAUCGCGGAGAACUCGGUGCUCUUCAUGAGCUACGGCUUCUGCCAGCAGGUCAUCCGCAUCUCGGCCGGCCUGCACAGCGAGGCCGUGCUCAGUGACAUGCAGAAGGCCUGCGCCGGCUCGGUGGCGUCCAUCUUCUCCUCGCUGGUUCUCUGUCCCACUGAGCUCGUCAAGUGUCGACUGCAAGCCAUGUAUGAAAUGGAGGCGUCGGGAAAGAUCGCAAAGAGCCACAACACCGUUUGGUCGGUGGUGAAGUCCAUCAUGAGGAACGAGGGUCCGCAGGGCUUCUUCCAGGGCCUGACCACCACCAUCGCCAGAGAAGUGCCUGGUUACUUCUGCUUCUUCGGUGCCUACGAGCUCUGCCGCACGGCGUUCUCAGAUUACAUGAAAUGUGACAAGGAUGACAUCGGCGUUGCUGCGAUCGUGUUCAGCGGCGGCUUCGGGGGCGCCUGCUUGUGGCUGGUGGUCUAUCCCAUGGAUUGCGUCAAAUCUCGGAUCCAGGUCAUGUCUAUGACGGGCAGACAGGCGGGGUUUUUCAAAACCUUCAUGACCAUCGCUCGUACUGAAGGCACUCGGGCACUUUAUUCGGGACUCACCCCCACCAUGGUCCGCACUUUCCCUGCUAACGGAGCGCUCUUCCUGGGUUACGAAGUCAGCCGGAAGCUCAUGAUGAAGCAGUUUGAUGAUUAAGCUAUUUUUCACACACAACACGAACGGAAGGCACAGUAAAAUGAGAGUAGUGUUACAGCCGUAUAACCUCAUACGUAGGAUUUGGCCUCGCCAACUCCUGCCUUGUUUAAAAACUCGACUGAAACUGCCACAAACAUUGCUUUUUGUUUUUUUUGGGAUUCUGUUUUUUGUUUCAACACUCCCAAAAAAAUGUCUUGCCUGGAACCCGUAACGUGAGGAAAAGAUAUUGGUAUCGCAGCGUUUAGAAAAAGACUCCAAGGCGCCGUGACACAACAACGGUUUCAAGUGAAAAUGGGAAACUUCCAUUGCGUUGUGGGCGUCAGUGUUUGCAGCGUACUUUUCGCUGCAUGCAUACAUACCAUCGGUGGUUUCUAUUAAAUAAAAACAUCACACUAUAGUGACCUCGCAUGAAAACCGCACCAAAAACGUAAAAAUGAUGCAUUUUCACUUGAAACGUGGUGUGUGUGUACGCAGCCUUAGACAUGUGGGUCAAUUUUAUUUUAGAGGCCAAAAUACAGCCGAAUUUAUCUGAAAGGAAUCAAUCUAGUGAUACGACUGAAUAAUAACAUUUACAUUUAAUAACACUCAGUGUUUAGUGUGAAGAAGUGAAUUCUAAUAAAUGCCAGCAUUAAUUCUAAUAUGUCUUUACAAGGCCUGAACAACUAACUUUUUUCAUUAUUAUUUUAAUAAUAUAAGUACUAUCCAGCAUUAUGGUUAACAGUUUACUGUUAUUGGAAAACUGAAGUUUUCAGCCAGCAGGCCUCAGCGGACCUCAGGCUGGCCCACAAGCCACGUGUUUGACACUCCUGCUCUAAAUGAGGAACUGUAAAGACAAUUUCACAUCUUGUCUACCUCAUAAAAGUUUUAUCCUCACACGUUUCUUUUCCGCAGCCAGUCGUGAGGGUUUUUGAUGGCCCACUGAAGUUAUUUUGGGAAAUCAUUGACACUGCAUAAAGUGAUGCCUUGUGUUGUAAUUACUGCACCUUGGUUCUGGGUCAUGUGUUUGUUAUACAAUAACAAAACCCGUAUUUCUGCCAAAAAACGGGCUUAAGCAUUUGCUGUUUUAUCACCUCGAACAGCUUUAGUUUUCAAAAGGCUGAAGUCUUUGUAGUAUUUAAAGGAAAUGUCAGACUCGACCAGCGAGUCUUUUUUGAUUUGAGACACUCUGUUUUUUUUUUCUCUCAUUAUACAGACGUGUUUUUAUUUCCAUUUUAUAUUCCACUCCUGCUGUGCUCUUCUCUCUCGGCCCAGCAUUUGCCUUUUAAAUCACUGAGUUUUUUUGCCACUUUUGUUAUUUUCAAUGAGCAAAUGUCAACCGCCAUUUGCAUAAUUCCACGUGCCCGUGAUUUUUGAUCAUCUAGAACUACGAUCAUGUUCUUUUUUCUCAGACAAACGCUAACAAUUUAUAUAGAUAUCGAUCCCGUAGUGAUAUUAUCAGGAAUAAAAAUGUUGAUCAAUGACAGCUUGAGUCUGGACUUUAUUUUUUUACAGACGCAGUGACAUUGACUAAAACACAAAAAAAAAAUAUUACAAUUAUACAAAGUACAAAUCCAGCUGCUGUGUUUAAAACUGAAAAUCUACUUGGCAACAGUUAUAAAAUAAUCUGUCUUUCUAGAGCUUUUGUGAUUACUGUGAUGGUAAAAAAAAAAAAAGGUAUAAAAAUGUUUGGUAAAUUUAAAGUGGACAGAAACAGUAUCCUCAGUCUUCCAGCAGGGAGCGCUGUAUACCUCAGAAACUCACAGGACCUGAAAGGGAAAAACACCCAAAACAAACAAAGGUGAGGUCAGGACACUGAGCUGAGACGCAUGUUCAGGCUGGAAUGAAUGACGAGAAAUGAUGCCUACAAAUCAGAUAUGAAAGAUGUUAAAGGAUUAAAUGUAAAGUUAAUGUCAUAAAAUCAAAAUAAUAAACUGAGGGUGUG